UCUUCUUCUCCAUUGUCUGCAUACACUGAUAAAACAUGGCAACCACAGAGGUAAAACCCUCUGCCAAUAAAAAACCUAAAAAGAUUCGAAAUCCAUCACUGGGUCCGAAGAAAGAUUUGAAGAAGAAGAAGACUAAGAAGUCGAAAGCUCCCCCCUUUGAUAAGACCAUUGAGAAGAGUGGAAGGAACGAACAGAGAAGCGAGAACAACGACGAUGAGCUGAUAUCAGAACCGGUAACUGCCUCUGAGCAGCUCAGCUACUUUUUGAAUCUGCUUGAGUCCGCCGUUAGUAUCCGGGUUUCUUCUUUGGAGCUCGAUUCCAUUAAAGAUACGUGUGUAGUUGAGUUAUCUCAAAGAUUGGCUCAAGAUGUAAGCAACUUGGGAGAGCAUAUAAAGUUGUCUUGUGGAUCUUCAUGGAGAGAGACUCUUUGUGAAGGAGAGUCACUUGAAGGAAAUGUUGAUCCUGGAAACCCAUCUGUUCUCGUCAUCUGUUCCUCUGCUUUGAGAUCUUUGGAACUUCUAAGGGGUUUGCAUUCACUUACUAAGCAGUGUCCAGCAGUGAAGUUGUUCUCAAAGCAUUUGAAGGUUGAGGAACAGGUAGCUCUGUUGAAGAAACGGGUUAAUAUUGGGAGCGGCACACCAAGUAGAAUCAAAAAGCUAAUUGAUAUAGAGGCAUUAGGGCUUUCCCGUCUAGAUAUGAUUGUGCUGGACAUGCACACAGACGUCAAAGGGUUUUCCUUAUUCACUUUGCCUCAAGUCAGAGAUGAAUUUUGGGAUUUGUAUAAAAACUGCUUCCACCAGAGAGUCUUAGAAGGAAGACUUCGUAUCUGCAUGUACGGUCCGAAGCCAGCUCCAAACCUAAAGAAGAAGAAAACUAAAUGACUGAGUGUUUAUUAAUUGUUGUAUCAAAUUCUUAAAAUUAUCAACACAAAUCCUUACUCAUCUGUUUUCUCACCUCCAAGAAUUCCCAAAGAAUGCUUAACCAUAAACCGGAAAUGAAUUUCCUUAAAUCGAGCUGAUGCGCCAAUUCAACAUCGAA